GGCGGGCUGGGCCGGAGCGUAGUGCAGGAGGCGCGGCCGGCGGUCGGCUCCGGGAGUCGGCUCCGGGAGUGGGGCGGCGGAGACCCCCCCACCCCACCCCAGACCCCCAGCACUGGCUUAGCGGGAGCUCGGAGGGGAGUGACCAGGGCACUUUCUUCCGCUGCUUUUGAUUUUUCUUGCCUUUCGCUUUGGGCCGAGGGUUGCCCACUGAGCAGAGAUCCCCCGGAGCGACCCUCCCCGUCAAUUGUUGGAGCGCCGGGCGCGCCGCGGGUGCCCGAGCGCACCGGGAGCCGAGGCAAGGCGGGCCCGGAACCUGCCUGCGCGCCUCUCCUCACCUCAGCGGGUCCGCCUGCGGAAGGCGCGGGGCGCAGGGCGCGCGCGAUGAAGGCGGUGAGCCCCGUGCGCCCCUCGGGCCGCAAGGCGCCGUCGGGCUGCGGCGGCGGGGAGCUGGCGCUGCGCUGCCUGGCCGAGCACGGCCACAGCCUGGGCGGCUCGGCGGCCGCGGCGGCGGCGGCGGCCGCGGCGCGCUGCAAGGCGGCUGAGGCGGCGGCCGACGAGCCGGCGCUGUGCCUGCAGUGCGAUAUGAACGACUGCUACAGCCGGCUGCGGAGGCUCGUGCCCACCAUCCCGCCCAACAAGAAAGUCAGCAAAGUGGAGAUCCUGCAGCACGUUAUCGACUACAUCCUGGACCUGCAGCUGGCGCUGGAGACGCACCCGGCUCUGCUGAGGCAGCCGCCGCCGCCGCCGCCGCCGCCCGCGCCACCGCUCCACCCGGCCGGAACCUGUCCGGCCGCGCCGCCGCGGACCCCGCUCACGGCGCUCAACACGGACCCGGCCGGCGCGGUGAACAAGCAGGGCGACAGCAUUCUGUGCCGCUGAGCCGCUCUGUGCAGGUGUGCGGCCGCCUGCGCCCGAGCCAGGCGCCUGCCCAGGGAGGGGGAAGAGCAGAAGUUGGUGGAAAAGCCGCCGAGGGAAGAACACCUCAGCCAGUCUAGAAAACGCUUUCAUUCGUCAUUCCAAGAGAGAGGGCGAGGGAGGAACAAUUAAAACUCUCAUCCUUUUUAUUUUAUUUUUUUUUUGCACGUUCAUAAACAUUCUGCAUAGGUAUUCUCUUUCGUCUCUUCAUUUAUAACCGCUGUGAAUUGUACAUUUCUGUGUGUUUUGGAGGUGCAGUUAAACUUUUAAGUGCGACAGGACUGAUAAAAUAGAAGAUACGAGUAAAUCCGACUUUAGAAGCCUACUUUGUGACCAAGGAGCUCAGUUUUUGUUUUGAAGCUUUACUAAUAUACCAGAGCAUUGUAGAUAAUUUUUUUUACAUCUAUUGUUUAAAAUAGAUGAUUAUAACGGGCAGGGAACUUUCUUUUCUCUGCAAGAAUGUUACAUAUUGUAUAGAUAACUGAGUGACAUUUCAUACCAUGUAUAUAUAGAGAUGUUCUAUGAGUGUGAGAAAGUAUAUGCUUUAAUAGACUACUGUAAUUAUAAGAUAUUUUUAAUUAAAUAUUUUUUGUAAAUAUUAUGUUGUGUGUUUUUUUUUAAACCUAUGGGAAUAUUUCUUUUGGAAAAUUAUUUUUCAGCUCAGUUGCAGAGCUCUUGAUAUUUUGAAUGUCUUUUUUUUUUUUUUUUUUUUUGGUUUGGCCUGGCUUUUAAUUUGUUUUUGUUUUGCCCCGUAUGGUAGAUUCGGAAAUAACAGUUAUAGAUUGAGGUCUUGCAUGACUGCAUGAGAUGUUUAAUCACAAAAUAAACUCGUUCUGAGUCCAUUCCAAUGUGUUUUCUUUCACCUAGAUUGAAGUCUUUGUAUUUGAAGCAUACGUGUUGAAAAUAUACAUUAUCAGGUGUUUUUUUUAAAUACAGGGUUUUAUAGUGUAAAAAUAUAAAAGUAUGUGUUUGUGUUUUUUAACUGAGGUCAAAAUGGAUUCUGGGUGGUUUUAAAUAUAGGAUGGGGAAAUGCUUGGAGUUUACGAAAUCUGUCUUCAAAGUGAAAACAAAAAAAUGCUUAUCACUCUUCAUUUUACACUAACGCUUAAUGUCACGAUGUUUCAUGUCUGUACAGAUUAUUUAAAUCAUUGAAAUGAAAAAUGUUCUCUGCUUGCAACCAAAGGACAAACUCUUGGAAAUGAACACUUUCUGCCUUCCUUCCUCCAAAGAAUAUUAAUAGGCAACAGUGGGAGAAAAAAGAUAAAAAGGCGUAAUGGCAAAUCCUUCAAGCAGGGAUAAAAGUCGAUCUUCAAACAUUAACUUAAGUAGACCAAAAAUUCUGAUGACUGCAUCUAGAUUAUUUUUUUAUAAAAAUGAUUUUCACUAUAGCUAUGUUAGUUACUGCUAAGCUACUGUCCAAUCUCUUGUGAUGUGUAACUUUUACAUGUGAAUAUUAAAGUAGAUUUAUCUGUCUUGUACUGUGA